GGAGGGUUGCACCGCCCGCUCGCUGCCACGCCACCGCCCCUCAGCCCCUCCGCGGCGGAAGGCGGCAGAGCAGCGCCCCCCAGCGGCCCCCGGCGGCGCUGCGCACCCCCGGCGGCGCACGGACAUGUGGCCCGGCGGCCGCUGAGCGGGGGCCCCACCAAGCCCAGCCGAGCCCGCCCUCUCGCCGCGCCUCCCGCCCGGGCGGACGCUACUCGGCCGCAGCGGGGCGGCGGGCGCCGCUCCCGGAAGCCCCGAGGCGGCAGAGGGAGGCGCGGGGAGCCGGAGGGAAACGGAGCCUGCGUUUCGUGCGAGUGGCCGCGGAGCAGCGACCGUGUGAGGGGACGCCGCGGCGCCAGACUACAUUUUGUAAGAAGAUGAAGAACAGAAAGCACUGUAUUCAAGAUACUGAGGGUCAGAAGCAUGAAGGCAUGGAAGGUGAAGAAAAUGAAGAAAGCUGUUCCUGUUCUGCUUUAUCAUAUGAUGGUGACACAUGCCCCAUCUGUCUGAACUGCCUUCUAGAACAAGAGAUUGGUUUUCCUGAAAACUGCAGUCAUACCUUCUGCAUGACUUGUAUUCUUAAAUGGGCUGAGACACAGGCUUCAUGUCCUAUUGAUCGCAGACCAUUUCAAGCAGUAUGCAGGCUUGAUGCAUUAGAAAAGCAGAUAAAGGUUCAGAUUAAAAAACAACUGAGGAGGAAGGAAGAGGAGGAAAACUGUGCCUGCAGCAAAGGAAAAUAUAGCCAUGCAAAAAUGAGAAGCUUUAUGAGAAGAGCUGUAUGUCCAGACAGAGGGCCAUUAACAACAAAAUUAAGCAAAGUUGUGAAGAAAAAAUACAGUAAUAUUUUGUAUGACAAACGAAACAAGAAAGCUUUGUCUGUGAAGAUAAACAAGGUUGGUUUUGAGAAUGAAACAUAUCCCAGAAGAGAGACCUGCUGGAAUGAGUGCUUCAGAACUAAUUUCUUCAGCAUGCUUCUGGCUGGUGGUAGCAAUGAAGAAUCCUUUUUUAGCUGUAGAAAUGACUGUACACAAUUCAUGGAGGUCAAUACAGUGAUCAGACAGAAGAGACAGGAAUUGGAAUUGUCCUGUUCAUCUGUGAUUCCUAGAGUUGAAAGAAUUCCUUUAGUGUCUUAUGGAGCUGAAGCUGAGACCUUUCUUCUCACUUCUGCCACAGUGGCAGGGACAACGCUUCCAAUAAAUAUCAGGCCUUUGGAAAACUUUGAAUCUUUAGGCAAAGGAUACGUGGUUGCAUGUACCCAAGAAGGAGAAGAGAAAAAGCAAGCUUCUGGUUCAUCGGGCGCUAGAGGAACUAGAAGGAAAUCAGUUAAUACUACUCCUAGAAGAAGAUCUGCACGAAACAGCAAAAAUGAGACUCUGGGUCAAUCUCGGAGCUCACCGCGAUCAAGCAGUUCUGUAUGUGGUGCCCCUGAUGGCAAUAACCUAUCUCUGAAUAAGUCUUCAGAAUCAGAGAAGGCUCCUCCAAAACGGAAGUCUAAAAGAACACUUAAACAACGAACACCUGUGGUUAAAAAGAAACUGAGAAGUUCUGCACGUUCUGAAAAAUCGCCCAGUGAUUCAGUGGAAGAUGAUGACAUUGCUGAGUCUGAAGCAGUUCUAACAUUAGAUAAAGACCAUCAGUCAGAUAACGAAAGCAAUAACACGAGCCUUCCACAAAAGAAUAACACAGGAACAGAAUCUGCUAAUGGAUUGGAAAGCUGUAGCGAACAUGUAGAAAUUGAGGAAACUAGAGGAGAAUGUGACAAAGAUGAAGAUGCUCUAGGCAAUGCGGAUGUAAGUUUUCCUGUCCAAGAACCUCCAAGCCUAACUUUAGGAGGUGAAAGUCAGGAAUUCGAAGCCAAAGGUGUUACUGAAAAAAAUGUGGAACUUAAGGGUCAGGACAUCUGUGAAAAUACUGUUGAACAAAUUGAAACAGUAGCUAGUCCCAAAGAUGAAGUAUGUGACCGCACAACUUUUGAAAAAGUAGAUCAGACAUUGUGUAGUCCUCAAAAUGAAUUAAUGGAGAAUGUAGAAACUUUGACAAAAAUAGAUCAAUCUGGUCUAGAAAAUGAAUCGUUGGAAUAUCCAGAAACUAUGGUAAAAGAUCAGCCAUUAGAAAGCCCCAGAAGUGAAUUGCCUGAGCAUCCAGAAGCCAUAGAAGUAGAUGAUUCUGAGGCUGAAGAAAAAACAGUGGUAGACUGUGCAAGUACAAAUAUUCAAAACUUAAACACUGUUCAAGAUGAAGAACCAGAUGCGUUAAUACACAGUAUUUCUACGGACAGUACAUCAGAACAAUCUUUAAACGAGAACACCAUGCCAAAAAGUGAAGAGGGUAGAACUUCAGUGUCACCCCAGGUGAAUGCUGAGCAUAAACAUUUUGGUGAAGAUAACAAUGAAAUGAUACCGAUGGAUUGUGACUCAUUUUGCAAUGAUCAUAGUGAGCCUCAGAUUGAGCAGUUACCACCAGUUGAAAGUACAGAGCAAGGAGAAGUGAACUUACAGUGUGAUGUGGGAAACUGUACACCAGUUACAGGACUUUCUGAUGAAAAAGGUGAAACUAUUCUUCAAGAAAGAGAGUGCCAGUCAGAACUCAAAAAAGAGAAAAAGACUCGAACUAGAAGAUCUAGGUUUCACUCUCCGUCGACAACUUGGUCUCCUUCUAGGAGAGAGGGCAGGAAAUCUCAGUCACCGUCCCCUAAAAGGGAGAUGGCCAGAGACAGGAGCUUACAAUCACCCAGAAAGGAAACUGUGAGGGAGGGAAGGAGAUCCUUAUCUCGUUCUCCAAAGAGAGACACGCUCAAAGAUGAGAAAAAAACACCAUCUCGAUCUCCCAAAAGGGAAACUGUCAGGGAAAGCAGGAGAUCAUCUUCUCAGUCAAGAACUAAGGAUUCAUCUCCAAGGCAAAAAUCUAGAUCUCGAAGCAGUGAUAGAGAUAGUCAAAGAAGAGAUCGUGACAGAGAAAGAAGAAGUAGGAGGUGGUCUAGGUCACGGUCACGAUCUAGGUCAAGAUCACGAUCUAGGACAAGAAAUAAAGGUUCUUCGUUCUCUAGAAAUGAGAGGGACAGCCACUCACCUCGAUGGAAAGAGAGGUGGGCUAGUGACAGCUGGAGGAGUCCCAGAGGAAAUGAUCGAUACAGAAGAAGUGAUCCAGAGAAACAGAAUGAAAGUUUUAAAAAAGAAAAGGACAAUACAGAAAAAAACAAUGAUGAACAGUGUUCUUCAGAGAAACGCAGGAAUGAUUGUCCAGACUGGGUAAUGGACAGGAUAAACUCCGUUCCUGAAGUCAGGAUCAGAGAGAGAGAGAAACCACAUUGGGAAGACAGCAGGCAUGAUAAUUCAGGACACUCUUGGAAUAAAAACUUUGGUUCGGGUUGGAUUUCGAAUCGAGGGAGAGGUCAGCGUGGCCGAGGUGGGCGUGGAAGAGGUGGUUUCAUGUACAGAGACCAGAGUGAAAAUCACUGGCAAAAUAGAAAACCUCUCUCAGGGAACUCAAAUGGUUCUGGGAAUGAAACUUCCAGGUUCCCAGAACAUCAGCCAUACAAGCGUAAGAAUGAACAAGAUUAUUCUUUUGAUACACCUGCUGACAGAUCUGGGUGGACAUCUGCAUCCAGCUGGGCUGUAAGAAAGACUUUACCUGCUGAUGUGCAGAAUUAUUAUUCAAGGAGGGGACGCAAUUCAUCAAGCCCACAGUCCGGAUGGGGAAUGAGACAAGAAGAGGAGACACAUGAACAAGAUCCAAACCUCAAAGACCAAGGCAACCAGCAAAGUAAUGGUUCUCAGUUACCAAAAAAUAUGAUGCAGCAGCAACAAAUGAAUGUAAUGCCACAAGUGAAUGCACAGCACCAACCUAUGAAUAUCUUUCCGUAUCCAGUGGGUGUCCAUCCUCCCAUGAUGAAUAUGCCACAAAAUCCUUUCAACAUCCACCCUCCGAUGCCCAUGCACCUCCCUACCGGAGUGCCUCUCAUACAGGUAGCUGCUCCCACAAAUUUGUCUCAGGGAUUACCUCCGCCUCCACCUCCACCCCCACCAUCUCAACAAGUCAGCUACAUUGCUUCACAGCAAGAUGGAAAACAAUUGCAGGGUAUUCCAAAUGCUGCUCAUGUAAGUAAUAAUAUGAGUGCUCCAGCCCUGCCUGCCUCAACAGCAGUCCUGGGAAGUGUGGGGACAGUUCAGGGACCAAGUUCGGGUAAUGCAACGUCAUCAAGUCACGUCAAGAGCUGUAAUGCAGCUGUAAAAUUGGGAGAAAACAAAGCAAGUGUAACAGUGGAAGCCAGUGCAGAUAGCUCAAAGAAGGACCAGAAACUGUUAAUUCAAGAAAAAGCAGCACAGGAGGUCAAACUGGCUAUUAAACCUUUCUACCAAAAUAAAGACAUCACUAAGGAAGAAUAUAAAGAAAUUGUGCGGAAAGCUGUAGAUAAAGUUUGUCAUAGCAAGAGCGGAGAAGUUAAUUCUGCAAAAGUGGCAAAUCUAGUGAAAGCGUAUGUAGACAAAUACAAACAUUCACGGAAGAAAAAUCCUGAAGAGGCAGUCUCCUGUGAAAAGAAGUAGAAUAUGUUUUCAGUUUUUAAUUUUAUUCUAUCUUCAAAGUGCAAUUUCAACAUGACCAGUUAAGUGAAAAUUGUACGUGACAGUGAUUUGAAUCUGAGUUUAAUAAAAUUAUUUUUCAAUGUAGUAUAUAAUGUUUUGUUCUAAAGAAAUAUAGAUCUACAGGGCAACUUCUUUAUUCCUUUUUAAAAACAGAUGUCUAAAAAAAAUAAAGGUGUAAAGAAGAAUCAUUAGGAAUGUAUGAUUGUGUGGAUACUUAGAUGUACAGCAUUUUGACUUGAAUAACAGAGUGCGUUAAAUUAGAAAGUUCUGAGUACAUUGGUUUUGGAACAGGUAUGUACAGUACAUGUAAUCAGCCAGAUUAAUUUUUUUCUUUUGAUUUCUCCCUAAUUAUAGCAAAGAUAAAGUAUUGCAUUGACAAAUAUUUCUAGCGUUAACUGGACAGGCUGAAUGCAGGGGUCACAAUGUGUAUAUAAAAAAAGCACAUGGACUUGUCUGAACAGAAGAACUGUUUAGAUUUUUAAAAAGAAAAACAAACAGUAAAAUGCAGUGCUCAGAACCACGGGUGCUGCACAUCUGUUGUAACACCAAAUAAAAAUUAUGCUGCUCGGGUUUGUUUGUGACGUUUUUCAAUUUGUUUCAAGAUAGUGGGAUGAACUUGAAUAAUUUUUAUGUGCUGAAAGCCCUCACUCACCACACACCGACAACCUCAGUUCAUGUCUAACCCUGCCUUAGCUAGUAUGGAGUUAGAGGCUAGAGCUGGAUCUUCAGAAACAUGAACUAGUUUAUUCUUCAAGUAAAAUCAAGGAAGCUGGAAUUGGUUGGUAGGCUCCCAGUUGGUCAGAGACCACCAGUUGUGCCAGUCUGAGCUGCAUAGUACUUCAUUAACUAGGGACUGGAGUGUGGAGCAUCAGGCUGGUGUCACUGAAUGUGUGCAGUCUGAAGUCACGUGCAAAAGCUUUUCUACUUCCCUGAGCACUUCUAUGUGGAGAGGUUAGUAGAGGUACCACAAGCAUUUUAAAACGAGAUGUGGGGUCAGUGGCUGUACUAGGACAGCGCUGAGGUUGCAGCACAGAGGGUUACUGGAAAGAACAGCUUGGGAUCCUUCCAGAUGUGAGUGGAAAAGGAGCCUUGCUCUGACAUAGAAACAUUUGUUCCUUUACUCUCAGCGCUGUUAAAAUUUAAGCACUCCUCCUCCAGGUCUGCCCUGCAGUAACAACCUUUGGUGUUGGCUGAGCCUGGCUUCUGCUCCAGCCCAAAAUCUCCUGGCCCAAAAGCAUGAAUAAACCAUUCUGACAGGAAGUAUCAGUCGAGUUUUCUGAGCAAUUACCUCUUCCUAGCCAGUAGUUCUCAAAUUAACUGGUCUUGGCAGAAAACAGUCUUACCCUGUAAGUAACUUUCGCAGAAGCUUGUGGAUGAAAUCAGGGGUGUACACCCCUGUACACACACAUGAUUAUAUAUAGAGAUGUUAUGUGGUAAAAAAAAAAAGUGGUGUUUGUCACAAAUGCUCACUUCGUUUAACUAAACCUUCUUCAGACUUAAUGAAGCAUUUGACUGUCUAUAUUUAUUUUUGUGUGCCUAAAUAAAAAGACUAUGUAAAUUAGAAACAGAUAUAAUACAUUUUCUACACUCAAGCCAGGUUUUAGAUUUUUCAAAGUAAAUACUCAGUUUUACACUGUGGUAGCCAUUUGUAUGCUCUCUUGAACUAUUUUAAGCUAAAAUUGGUUAGCACUUUUUGAAAAACGUUGUAGCGAAUUGCUAUGUCUAUCAGGCCAUGCGUACUUAUUUUUAUUACAUUUUCCUUCUCUGAAUUUUAAUAACUUUUUAUAUCUUUUUACUCUAUACAGUUGAGCCUUGCUAUAAAGCUCCUUUCAGGAGCCAGGUAAAUGUUUUGUGGGUUUUUUUCCCCUUUUAGAGGAGAGGUGGAAAUUGGGUGGGAAGGAACAAUGGAGGAUUUAAACUGGGAAGGUGGGAGGGAGGGGUCAUUAAUCUUUUGUUUUGCAGCUCCUGGCUGGAAGAUAAGCUGUCACUUGCUGCCACAUUGUUGGGGCAGUGACUAUAGUGAUGCUCCACUGUAUUUCAAAACAUAAUGAAGAAUAUCGGAUAGAGUAGCAUGUGAACAGUAACUUGAUUUUUUACUUCAGAACUUACCAGAAAAUAUGCAGUUUGUUACAAUUUCUAUGUUGAAUUAAAAAAAUGAAUUGCCUUAAUAACAUAGACUGUCCUCCUUAUUUUCCCCAAAAAGCAGUAAGGUCUCUGUGGGGGCGACUGCCCCAGAAGGCCUGUACUUUAACCUCGUAGUCAAGUUUUUGUUAAAAUAGUAUGAAAGCUGUAUUUUUAUUUAUUGAAACUCCUUGUACUGAAAGUCCCAACGUGCGCUAGCACUGAAGGCAAAGCGAUGGGGAGGCCAAGCCCCCUUGGUACCUCUAGGAUAUUGGUAAUUCAUUUGAUCCAAAUUGCCUUGAGGAAAACAGUUACGAAACUGUAUACCUUCUGUGAACUUAUGCAAAUCAAGAGGGUUUUCCUUGCACUCCUUCCACUGUCUCACUGUGCAUGCUGCUUGAAUGUCUCAUCCUGAAGAUGUCUCUUACGAGCACAGUGGCUGUCCAAAGUCCACAAUACGCUGUUUGUAGCAAAAGGCUGGAGUGCCAUCUACUGAAAAAAAUACUCUAAAAACUAGUUUUGUGUAGUCCUUAACAGUUUCUAAUAAAUUCUUUUCACUAA